AUGGCUAGACAACGAAUAGAUUCUUUGUCAAAAGCACUCUCUCGACCAGAACUAAAUUUCGAUUUUUUGUUAGAUGUCAAGAAUCUACAUCUGAUUAGGGAAAAUAUACGAUGUAGGAAAGGAAUUGGUAAUAUUGAUGCAGUUCAUAGCUUGUGGAAACAGAUUCAGGAUUAUCAGAAUAAAAUCAACCGAUGCAGACAAGAGUAUCAGUCAUUAUGGGAUAAGUUUUAUGAAGAGGCUGCGCUGAUACCAAAUAUGUGUCAUGCAAGUGUUGUGAAAGGUGAUAUGUCGAAAGCUAAAAUUGUACGACUUUUUGGUGAAAGACGAAAUGAUACGAAUUUGAAAACCGCAGAGUCGAUAAUGAAAGCAUGGAAAGCUCUAUACAGUCCACUGAAUGCAUGUGGUGAACGAAGUUAUGCAUUCAUAGGUCCUGGGACUGAUUUGGAACUUGCGUUAAUAGAUUAUGUUUCAUCGGUGAUGGAGCAGAAAGGUUUCAAGUCUAUCAUCGUGCCAGAUGUCCUUCAUCAUAGUACUCCUGAAUGCUGUGGUUUACAGCAACGAUCAGAUAACGACAUCUUAUACCGUUUAAAUAAGUACAGCGAUUUUUGCUUAUCUGGUACAUCUGAAAUGGGGUUAGGCAGUUUGAUGGCAGGACGGAUUUUUGCUCAUCAUGAACUACCCAUGAAGUUGACAGCUCUGAGUAGGUGUUUUCGGCCAGAAAUUGCGACGACCGUUGUCGAAAGUAAACUGUACAGAGUCCACGAAUUUAAUAAGAUUGAGAUGUUUGUGAUCUGUGAAGAGAAUGACAGUGAUUCACAGCUUGAUGAAUUGGUUGAAGUGCAGACUUCCAUUUUCUCUUCUCUAGGGUUACAUUGUAGACUUUUGGAUAUGCCAUCACAAGAGUUAGGUGCAUCAGCUGCUCGUAAGUUUGACAUCGAAUCUUGGAUGCCAGGAAGAAAAUUUUUCGGUGAAGUUUCAAGUGCUUCUAACUGCACCGAUUUCCAAGCAAGACGAUUAGGCAUUAAAUACUACGACUCGAAAGGUGUAGAGAAGUUUGCUCAUACUUGCAAUGCCACAGCAAUUGCAACCACUAGAACGAUAAUCGCAUUAAUAGAAACUUACCAAACUGAAAGAAAGGGUUUGGUUGAACUGCCAUUAGAUAUCCGUCGACGGAUGCCAGAAACGAGGUCGUGGACAAUCAGCUUACGUAAUGUUAAAGAUAUGAAUAUCAGUCAUGCUUCUACAUCAAAGGAAUUUAAAGCUUGA